AAACCGGAAAUAGACUAGUUUGAUCGCGGAAAAAGAGAAGGGCAAAAACAAUGGCGGCGUAGAAAAGAUUCAAGUGUGCAUACAGAGACUCUGGUUCCAGUCCUUAAUGAAGGGUGCCAGGCCAGUGGUGGAGGUGGUCCGCCUGGGUGUGGUCCCCUACCAGGAGGCUCUACGACUGCAGCAGGUCUAUGUGGACAGGCACCGGUCCAGUCCAGCUAAUGCUCUGCUGCUGUGUCAGCACCUGCCAGUCUACACCACAGGGAUCCGCCAUAAACCCUACCCUGCUGCCCUGCUGGAUCGCCUCCGACUGCUGGGCGCUGAUGUCCACCGGACCAAUCGAGGGGGUCUCAUUACCUUCCACGGGCCAGGACAGCUGGUCUGCUACCCAGUCCUGAACCUGGGUAAUUUCACAAAGAGUGUGCGUUGGUAUGUCUGUGAGCUGGAGAAAACCAUCAUCUCAGUCUGCAGACGGUUUGGCAUUGAGGCAUCGACAUCACCUCACACUGGAGUUUGGGUUGGAGACCAGAAAAUCUGUGCCAUUGGAAUCCACUGUGGUCGCUACAUUACAUCUCAUGGGUUGGCUUUGAACUGUAACACUGACAUGUCAUGGUUCAGUCACAUUGUUCCAUGCGGUAUUGAAGGGAAAGGUGUGACGUCACUGAGUGUCAAGCUGCAGAGAGAUGUCAGCGUGGAGGACACUAUCCCUCACCUGCUGGAUGCCUUCAGACAACAUUUCAACUGUGAGCUGACAGAGGAACACACAGCUGAGUGAAGAGGACAGAGGAUUCAGGAGGAUUAUCUGACCCAAUGGGACUCUGUUCCUUGAUCAAGCCUGAAUCUUAAAGUGAUAGUUUGGGUUUUUUGAAGUGUGGUUGUAUGAAGUACAUGUUCCGCAGGUGGAAGAAGUCAGCAUCUAGUGGUCUGCCAUUGUCUGGAACCAGCAUAAAACACACAGAGAAUGUCUGCCACUGGGGACACCAGGAAAAAGAUUUUAGCCACUUAACAAAAGGCUUACCUAAUAAAAUCUAUAUUAGCUAAAGUCAACGAUAUCUUAGGUAUUUGUUCCUUACGUAUAUGUUCCUUAUAUUCCUUUAGCUCAGGCAGUCUUUUCUAACAGGGAACUGCAGUUUGUCUGCAGCAGACAAAUCACAUGCAGAAGGAGAAAUGAGCUGCAUAUUCACAAACGAUGGAGAUUCAAAAGCACAAAAGAAAACAACAAACAACUCCUGUAACCCCGCGGUUUUUAUGAUCAGUGUUUUAAAUCAACAGUAGUUUGCUCUGGACUAGUGAUAUUUGUCCACGUGGUAAAGCUGUCAUGUGACCGUGCAAGACCAAUAAUUUGGCAGCUUUUUGUAAACACAAUCAAAUCUCGGAAAAUAGUAGCAAAGACAAGGAAACUACUCAAAUGGUCUGCAAAAAGUGAUUGGUAGAGAUUAACAACACUGCUACAAGAAUUUAUCAUCUGUGAAAAAUGCAUAAUUUUGUUUUUGCAGCACGUUUCUGUUGAUGCAUGUAUUUCGCCUCUCUGCAGGUAAUUUUUCUUUUGCAGCACGUUUCUCACAUUGCAUUUUUUUCGUUUGUGAAUAUGCAGCUUCUUUCUCGUUCUGCAUGUGUGUUGGGUCAUUACAGUGCGUUUGCCCCAGUCAGCCACCAUACUUAUCUCACAGUCACACUUUUUUUUUAAAAAAAACAAUAAUAAACAAGCCCCUGAACUUUC